AUGCAAAUGAUUUCUCAUAGUGUUGCAUAUAAUACUAUAUCUGCUAAUGUAAAGAAGAUUGAAAUACAAAUAAAGGAUGAAACUGAAACUUUCACUUCUGCUAAAGAUUUGAAAAGAAAGGGAGAGAAUAAUAAAUCAAAUGAAGAAUUAGUAUCAUUAUUUGAUAAAUCUAAUGAAGAUACCUUUUUGGAAAACAUUAAUGAAAAAGCAUUAAAAAAAGAAAAGAAAUUACCACUUGCAGUAAUGAUAGAUUCUUAA